AUGUUUCUGCAGCUCAUUCGAAGAGGAAUCGGGACAAUCAGCGUACUCCGAUGGCCUCAGGAUGGGAUUGGCAUCUGCAAGGCGCUGCGGACACAGGAAAGCAGGUUCGACAGCCUUGAGGUGAAGCUCAACAAGAUCCUGAAGAGGCUUGAUGCCUGGCACGACGAGGCGCGGUCGCCCGUCGAGCACAGAUUUUCGGAUCAUUCGCAAGGUGGUAGAGGCAGCCCGAUGAUGAGUCGACUGGAGGAGAACGUCAGCUUCGCGCCAGACAUCACGGUCAUUUCCGUCCCAUUCGCUGCGCAAGAAUCCUCCGUGUCACUGCUGUCGGCUGGGAAACAGCACAGGCAGCAGUCGGAGCAGUCCUCAACUUCCCAAGAGAUGGAAGACGCUCCACAACGCAGGAGAAGGACUUCUCUGCUCGUUCCACGCAAGGGCGCAAAGAGCCGUUCCAUCUAUGCCAACGUAGAUGCGGUCACGUGGACCGCGCAGCUGAAAGCCGACUGGAAAAACCCUGCAGAAGGAGCCAAGCGCGCGGCGGUUCCCAGCAUUCAGAAGAUGGAUGCAGCGUUCAUGCGGGCGAUCUCCAAUCAGCAACAGCUCCUUCCGUUGUCUGCAGGCUCCUUCCGAGGCAUAGCACCCGGCGACAACUUGGCAGCGCUGAGAGUGCCGGCUGCUUCGGACACCGAGGAGAUUCGGCUCGAGGCCUCAGAGAGCCGGGAAAAUUUAGCUGCCACAUCGUUGGAUCGCGAUGGUCGCGAUGAGGCUCCAAACUUGCCAGGCGCGUUGAACACGCUGAGCGUAUCGAAAGCGGGCACCACCCUCUCUAUCGGUGGGGCUGGGGAGAAGAAGAAGUCGUCAACAGUUAUGAGUCUCAGCAAAGAUUCACAGGCCAACAUCUUGGAUCAGUACCACGAGCCGUCAUUUCUCAGCCCCGAGCCAGCAGAGAUCCACGACGACUACGGCUCAAGCAUUUUGUUGGCCUUGCCACGCGCACUGUGCCCCUUGCUGGGUUUCCUGACACUUUGCUACUGCAGCACGAUGCUGGGACUGCUGAUCCUUGGGUGGUUGCAAGGCAACACUUUCCAGAUUACGAUGGUCUCCAUUGCCCUCUACAGUGGGGCAGCCAUCGGCUGCACGCUCUUCCUCAGGCACGCUCUGCAGACAGAUGAACUCACGCUAGCCCUCGGCAAGUUGCACUUGUUCGUUGCCGACUUGUCACUCGAAUGGAGCAAGGUCUCCGGUCAGGAGUGGAGGAAAAAUGCCCUGACCUGGCUAUGCAUCGUGUUCUUCUUUGCAGCAAGCCAAGUUCUGGAGGAGUUCCGGCCGAUGGAAAUCAGUGCAAGCGCAGACCAUCCGGAUGCAGAGGUGUUGGUGUCCAUGCGACGAGCCCUCUCAGGCCUCUCCUUGAUCAUCUUCGCCAUCUCCAGCGGACUUGUCAUUCUGGGUGCAUCAGUUUUAUCUCACAUUCUGAUGGGCUUGGACAAGAGCCUGGACUGCUGGUGCUGCAUUCUCCUUGAGGAAGCAGACUUCGUGGUUGGUGUGCAGAGCUGGAACUGCUUGCAAGCCUUGCUCAAGUGUAUUGGGCGCGAACUCGGCAACGCCUUCGUCAUGGCACAGGCCUUGGGUGCCGUGGGCUUCGUUUAUUUUUUGGCCAGUGGCGUCACCAACGCUUUCCAGAAAGGUUUUCGCAUUGACAUGCUGAUUUUCGAGAUGGUUGCGGCUUUACCACUCCUCUUUCUCUUCGCAGUGAACAUGCGAGUUUGUGCGCAUGGUGCAGCUCUUACGGAGAAGUGCCGUCAGAUUCCUGCUUUUGUGAACCAGAUUCCGUCUCCGGAGCCGAUUGACACAGAGAGAUCUUACCUCGUCCACUUCAUUACAGACAGCUCCGCCGGGUUCUUCGUCAAAGACGCACGCCUUACGCGCGAGAU